AACCCGGAUCCUGUAGAGCAAGAGGGGUGGGGGGGCUGUAGGCGGCCGUGUUCAGCAGAGCUCAGAGAGUCGGUGGGCUGAGCAGAGCAUGGUGGCUGAGCAGCACAGCAGGACACAGCGUUGCUGCCGGGCUUUGGACGGGACGGUCAGAGAUGUUUGACAACUCUCACUACCCCUUCAACUGCUUCAACUAUGAUGGGGACGGAUACCCGUCCUCUGGUUCUGAGGAGGAGAAAAAGAUCUGCAGACCUGCUUACAGCUACAUCGCUCUGAUUGCCAUGGCGAUCCAGCAGAACCCGGAGCAGCGGGUCACCCUGUCUGGAAUCUAUGAGUUCAUCAUGAAGCGGUUCCCCUACUACCGGUCCAACCAGAGAGCCUGGCAGAACUCCAUCAGACACAACCUGUCCCUCAACAGCUGCUUCAUCAAGGUUCCACGGACAGAAGGGAACGAGAAAGGGAAAGGAAACUUCUGGACCUUCGCUGCAGGUUGUGAAUCCAUGCUGGACCUGUUUGAAAACGGAAACUUCCGCCGCCGCAGGCGCAGGAGGAACAUGAAGAUAGGCCUCCAGGAUUCAGCAGAGACCUCCUUCCAUCCGGUGGAGAGCCACAGCAGCAAGCGGGGACCGGCGUCUCGGCAUCCUGAGCUAGACUCUGCCAUCUGCCAUCUGAACCCUGGAAGGCCGAGGUCCGAUCCCCAACAGAACCACCUCAUCCCGACCUCAAACCAGCAGGGAAAACCAGAGUCAGAGAUCAAGUUCAGCAUCGACUACAUCCUGUCCUCUCCAGAUCCUCCACAGCCUGGGUUCAGAUCUCCUCAUGGCUCGAUACAUUUGGUCCCACCGGCGCCACCUGCUCAUGUUCUGGACCAACAACACCUGAACCUGCACUUCUGGACUCUUUAAGAGGACAAAUAACGAAAGACACCUUUCCUCCUGACAACAAGAACUCUGCUUAAAACAUGUUCAACACGAGACAAAGAGGUUCCACUGGAUGUUUUACAGGACCUGAGAAAUGAAAAGUGAAAGAUCAACUUUAACCAAAAGAUUAAACUCAGCGAAGAGUCUCUGUGUCGUUCUGCCGUUCGUAUCGUAAUUUGUGCUGACAGUCAAUAUUUGAAAUAUAUUCCACAAGCAUUAGAAGAGAACCUGUGAGUCUAACUGUGAUGUGAUCGUAUGAUGUGUCAGAAGAAUCGGCUUAAUUCAGAGCAGAAAAUACCUCAAACAAAGACCUGAUCUUAAAGAAUAUUGGAUUUCAAUUUCUGUUUUUAUAUUCCAAUCAAACCAGUCAUCUGCAUCAGUCAGCAGGAUUUGAACCCAGGACCUUGCAGCCUCUAAACCUUAAUUACCAGCCCCCCAUAUUGAUUUAUGCUAACUUAACCUGCUGCUCGUUAAGUACCUCAUACUUAUGGAAGCCCGUUUCUGCCAUAUGAAAAUAAUAAAAUGCCAAAUAAUUAUGAGAUUCAAAUUAAAAAAAUUUGUUUUUCAAAGUCAGAAUUUCAACUUUCAAGGUUACAAUUAUGAGAUACAGUUUAAAGGUCAAAUAUAUCAUAAUUAUAGAAUAGAAAAUCCUUUUAUUGUGCCACUAUGGGGAAAUUCUAGUGUUUAAAGCAGCAAAAAGAUUAUAGAAAAAAUAGUGACACAGAUGUGGACCUUAGAAAAAAUGUAUAAGAAUAACAUAAUAGUGAAGAGUUAAAAGAUAAACAA